AUGGAUGGAUGGAUGGAUGGAUGGAUGGAUGGAUGGAUGGAUGGAUGGAUGGAUGGAUGGAUGGAUGGAUGGAUGGAUGGAUGGAUGGAUGGAAAUGUAGACCUUAAAUCCCGAUUGCUUUUGAAGAGAGGGGAUGGAGAAGAGAGGAAGGAAGAAGAGGAGAAUAAAGAAGUGUUUCUGGUAUAUCAACGUUGUGUCGAGAUUGAAAAGGCUUGUAAAAUAUGUAGGGUAAAACAAGUAGGUGAAUUGCAUAGGUCCAUUAAAUAUGUCCCAUGGAAUAUGCAAGUAAUAAAAACACCCACAAAUUAUUUUAUUCGACUAUCAUUAUUAACUAAAAGAUAG